GUAAGUCUCUAUUCUUUUAGAAUUUAAGCUUGAAGUUGACUCAUCGUUUGAUUGAAAGAGAAGCCAAAAGUUAAAAUUAUCAAUUUAAAACGGCUUUAAUUUUAUUUUUAGCAAGAGUUCGCUUUUUGCUAACAACCCAUUCACACCAGCAGACAAAUUUUAGUUAAACCGAGUUAAACUGAAUAAAAAUCAGAGAGAACUGAAACAAUAAGUUUUUCAUAGGUUUUAAGUAAUCACUGACUUGUGUUUCAAUGUUUUAAACUUGAAGUAAAAAAAACAUCAGUUUAAGCGGCUUCCAUGAAGAAAACAAACUUAAAUAUUUUUAAAACAUGUUUAACCUUCGGUGUGAAUGGGGUACAAGAGUAAAAUUAUCAUUCUCUUUACGUCCAGUUUUCAGUUUCACAUUUUGAAUGCACUGAAAAUUAAGAAGAAAACUCCGAAAACACAAAGUGCUUCUGUUGAAGUUUUUGUAAGUGACAGUUAUGAAUGACCGUCAACAAGGCUGCAGGUGUUACACGCAAUGAAAUUGUAAUGUAAUGUAAUUGGCAAAUACAUGUUUUAAAAUUUAACUCAAAGUUAUAAUCAAGAUGGUGGGCAAAUAUUGAAUAAUCAAUUAUCAAAAAAUUGAAUUUCAGUCUCGCUUUCUGUUCAAGUAAAAUGUAUCCACUUAAACUUGUACUCAUUUGUUAUAUCGUAACUGACAACAGGCAAACGAAUGGGUGGUAAAUAUAUGUUUCAACAGGGCACCAACUAGAAUGGUGCCUUAAAAACUAACACUAGUGCAAUAUUAAUAAUAAUCGUAGAAAAGAUAAACAAGCACACAAAAAUGAGAAGUAGCGGGCAGAAAUAAUUUGUCUAAAUAUCAAUUUUAUUAUCCCUGUUUGUUUAGUUUGAUUCUGAAUUGGUAACAAAAUAAUGUGAAUAUGGAUCGAAAGGCGUAUACUAAUACUUCUCGAAAAAAAAAUAAGCUGAUAAAAAUAUCAAUAUUUAGAACUUAAAACUAUUUAAUUUACAGUUAGGGUAAUCCCUAACAAGCAACAUUGAUAUAGAGCAGCAGUGAUCGAUAGUGGAUUACAAUGGUAGGGUUUUUCUUAUCAUCUCUUCUCGUCAUAUUUAUAAAUUAGUUUGCUUUUCUAUAACUAAAAGAAACUAAAAGGAGAUCACGAAAAAUUUAUUAUCCUCACAGUGACAUUAUUAUGUAUAUGAGCGACUUUAUUCUGCUAUUAUAUUUUAGAUUAAAUUUCUAAUUACAAAAGCUCCCCCCACGUCACAGUUUAGAUCUGGGAAAGGUUUGCCACGAAAUAAGGUAAGAAAGGUAAUAUGUUUGUAAAGGCUCUGCUCAGCAGUGACCCUAACGAGGUGAAGGGAUAUUAAAGCUUACAGUCACGUCGCAAGCCCAAAGGGGAUGAUUCUUCCUGUUGUAAGGCUUUUUCAAGUAUGUUUAUCGCAUGAAACAAGAAAAAAAAUAAGUAUGAACUGGUUUGCUAUAAUUUUUUUACCUUGUGUUGCUGGUUGUCAAACGACCAAGUUUGUGAAAGAGCAAGAUCACGCUUUAAAGAAUCACGUGAUCAAAAAUGUGAUCGCAAUUCAACCAUUAGCAUGUGUGUGGCAAUGCGUGGACACUCCGCUAUGUUUCUCUAUGAACAUCAGAUCACUCCCGACUGGAUGGGUCACAUGCGAGCUGAACAAUUCAAGCAAAACUGCUGACCCACAAAAUGUCAGAUUCAGUCCUGGAACGCGUUAUUAUCAAUUGGCGGAAGUUGGGCAUUGUACAACAGAGCAGUGUAUCUACAAAGAUGUUCUUCAAGAUGGCUGGUUUAGAUUUGGUUCCAAACUCCUCAAAAUUUUCUCUGAGAGAAAGACUUGGAACGAUGCCCGGCAGUUCUGUCAUUCGAUUGGCGGGAAACUUGCGUCAAUUACCCAGGAAAACGAGAAUGAGUUUAUUACUUAUUUGCUUAACGAUGUCAAAAUAGAAAGAGCAGGUGAGAACCAACAAUUAGACCAUGUCAUCAAACAUUGGAAACUAGACGAAAGUGACGGCGACGUUAGGUCUCUUCCAUAUGACAAGUGGUUUCAUGCAGCAGCAGUCUGGGACCGAGAUGCACACAAAGCUUACUUAUUUCUGGACGGUCAAGAGGUUGGGUCCCAGUCAGUACUCAGUGAUGCUGUACCUAAAGAUUACGACCCAUCUAACAUAUUUGAUAUUGGAAGAAAGGCGAACACUGGUAAAACACUAAGAGGAUAUUUGAGGGAUUUGAUGAUCAUUGGGAGUGCUCUUACCGGUGAACAGAUAAUUAACAAAAUUACAGAACCAUCGUUCGAUGAAGCUUGGAUCGGGUUUAAUGACCUCGACACGGAGGGAACAUUUCAUUGGCUGAACGGCACUCGUGUGACAUUUACGAAAUGGGCCACCGGGCAACCAGCUGCAGGCACAAGACACAAUGUAUUAUUUCCAAAUAACAAUGAGGAUCAUGAUUGCGUGGGGAUGAAAUUUGGAGAAGGGACUUGGAACGACAUCUACUGUGAGACGCAUCUUCCUUUUGUCUGUGAAAAGAACGCAUAUGAGUAA